GGUUAAAGUUCACAAAGUGGUAUCAGAACGAAGUGUACAGCUUGUCACAGUAGCUCCAGCGCCUCCAGAAACUUCAGUCUAUUAGGACAUCACUGACCGCAUAUCUCGACAUUCUCGACCCCAUCUCGACAUUCAAAGGCUGCAAUAUCUCUUUUGGACUCCGGUAUGCCCGUUUGCGCUAAGACGGAACCCGGUCGCAGAAAUGGCCACGAGAGGGGCACGAGUCACUAUUCGGCUUGACCCGGAAUAACACGAGUUGGUCACGAAUGACUCCGCUGUUGCAUGCGUCAGAUACAAGAAAUACCGGUCAAGGACUUCGCUUCACGGCUUUAGGUGAGAUAACUCUUUGCACAAGGUAACUGACGAGGCAUGAUGCUUCGACUACGGUCUACAGCCACUCCUCUGCUGUUGAUGAUGACUGCUGCGACGCUGGACGCUGCUACCAUCCUCUUCCUCUUCUUCCCCGAGUACAGUCACAUCCGGGGCUCUCUGCCGGUGGCUGCGGAGCUGGCUGCACGAGGUCACGUGGUCUGGAAUGCUCUUCCGUCAUACCUAGCCAAUCAUGAAGGCCUUCAAGAAUCGGGCGUCAAUAUCCUCCAAUACAAAUCAGUGGAUGGUUAUGACAUUGAGGCGGACAUAUUUGACAAGACUAUUACUGGAUUCUUUGAGCAAGGCAGAGCUCCUGUCCUUUUUGAAGAGUUUAAGAAAAUAUGUGACAUGAUAUUACGUGACAUGAACCUGUUUCGUGCGAUUGGGAAACUAAAUUUGGAUUUGAUAGUAUUUGAUUCUACACCGUUACCAAGAAUGCUGACCAUUAUCGCCUAUAAGCUUGAAGUACCGUUUAUUUUCUUUGGUGCCUUCUUUGACGCCCAGGCUAGCCGUACACCGUUGGCACUAGCGAGUGACCCCAGUCGUGGUUUACCUGCGACAACGGUUAUGAACUUCGGGUAUCGUGUGUUAAAUUCCGUUGUACAUGCUGUGUAUUUUAUCAGUGACCCCUUCUCGUACCCCCACGCUGUGGCUACAUACGCACCCGAGAAGCCUUAUAUCACCAUGGAAGCACUCACAGCUAAAGGCUGGCUGUGGUUAAUUGCACAAGAGCCUCUUUUUGAAUACCCGAAAGCUACGCUGCCGAGCGUGAAGUUUGUUGGUUCGACAUCAGAAACCGAGCCCAAACCUUUACCUGAGCCGUACCUCAAGUUCAUGGAAAAAGGGGGUGAAACGACGGUCAUAGUAUCAUUCGGAAGCAAAGUUAAACUUUUACCAGACAAAAUAUUUCAACUCCUAUUGGAUGCAUUUGCUCGAACAAAGUAUAACUAUAUUUUUAAAACAACUACAAAAAUCAAAACCGCUCCUAAUAUCAUGUUAGUUGACUGGAUGCCGCAGUCGGAUCUACUCGCCCACCCGAACACUAAAUUGUUUAUAACCCACUGUGGAGCUAAUGGUCAAAACGAGGCUUUCUUGAACGGGGUUCCCAUGAUUGGUUUUCCCAUGUUUGCUGAGCAGCCCUAUAAUGCCAAGAAGUUAGGUUACUUUGGAUUCGGUAUUGCGAUGGAUUUGAAAACGUUUACUGUUGAUGACUUGGUGUCCAACAUCAAUGAGGUCAUUCAGAAUUCUUCCUACUCACAGAAAAUCAAGAAAGCUGCGGAAAUCACGAAGCUCCGGGAAAGAAGUCCCAAAGAUGAAGGUGUUUACUGGAUAGAACACGUGCUCAAAUAUGGUGCCGCCCAUCUGAGGUCGUAUUGUCAGGACAUGCCGUUGUAUCAAUAUUUGUGUCUGGACGUCAUCGGGCUUGUCGUGUUCAUCCUCCAUGUGUGUAUUUUCCUUAUAUGGAAGUCGUGCGGCUACUGUUUUAGAAUUAUUGUUCACAGACCGAAAGAAAAACGUGACUAACUUGUUAGAUUACCAGUUAUAGUGCGCAUGUUAUGGAAGGGGAAAGUGUGAGAUUGUUGACGUAAAGAUAUAAUUGACUUGGCUAAGACAUCUUGAAAAUCUCCGACAAUAGGGCCAAACAUUUCUCUGACCACGACCACUGAUCUGUAUUUUCUGAUAAUUUUUAAUGUGAAGUUUACCCGGAAUACGGCUUUCCAUUGGACGAAAUUGGACAAUUUGACGUUCAUACAUUUUUCUCGAGACUAUAUUCUUGAAAUAACGUAAACACUGAAGUACUUCUUACACAUUCCUUGGGGAACCCCUAGGAAUUCCCUUGCACGAAUAUAUAGAGACGCGUUUUCUGAUCAUUUAGACCCUUUAAUCUUGAACUCAUUGAUUUAGCAUACACUGAGAAACGUCAAAGACUUUGACUGCAUGCCCGUUCACUAAUAUCCCCGCUGCGACCCAUCUUCGUGAACACAAUGAAGAAAUGCACAUCAAUACAAUCGUAGUAUCGACUCGAUCCGGGUCGAGGCUGACAGUGACAGUCUUCAGUAACCUAUAAAUUUAUCUUAGUAUCUAUUUGGCACAUCUUCACAACCACCUUUCAAUGAUCGGCCAAUUGAUCAAUGAUGACUAAGACGUAACCGGCCAUGUUGACGUCUUGUACUUGGUGUAAAUGUAUUAGGACGCGAUGUCAUUGUUGCAGACUUACUGAGGUAGUUCUUAACCGACCUUCUCAUCCAAUGAUGAUACAUUUGAAUACAUUUGUUGUAAAUAAACUACAACAGAUGAUCCUGUAGACCAAGCUGAGCAUCCAUACGCUCAUGUCAGCUCUCGUUUUGAGGAACUAUUUUAUCCGCGGUACUGCUGGUUGUUGUAUAAAUGUCAGUGUAAACAUGAAGUCUCACGCACCGCUUUAGAUAACAUUGUGUAAAUAUCCAGCUCUCAAUGGUGAUACAGAACAUGAUGAGAACUUACUUCCACUUUGUUAGAGUUCAUUGGAGUGUGGGGCGGUCGGGUAGCCUAGAGGUUAAAGCGUUCGCUCGUCACGCUGAAGACCCGGGUUCUAUUCCCGACAUGGGUACAAUGUGUGAAGCCCA